CAUGGAUCAGAAAGGGGUAGCCAGAAUAUACCAAUGGAAAGCAUCGUCUCAGAAGUGGAAUCUUAUUUGGUUCGCACCAAGCGAUCCUUGCGACUUCUUUCCGGCGUGCGGAACCAAUGCCAUCUGCGACUCAAGUAGCUCGCCGAUGUGCCAGUGUCUUGGUGGGUUUAAUCCCAACAAUCCAGUGAGUUGGAGCAAGGGAAAUUGGUCUGAUGGGUGUGUUAGAGUGGCGGCGCUUGGCUGCGGAGCAAACGAAACCGACGAGUUCUUGGUGGUUCGCGGCACCACGCUGCCGGACACGACGGAGGCGGUGGCGGAUAUGAGCCUGGGCUUGGAUGAGUGUAAGACAAAGUGUUUGAUGAAUUGUUCCUGUAAGGCUUAUGCGAGCGUUUAUCUUAACGGCGGCGGAGGAAUUGGAUGCAUUAUUUGGAUGACGGAGAUUAAAGAUCUCAGAACCUCUGCGGACGACAGGCAGCAGGAUCUCUUCAUCCGAAUCGCGUCACUUGCUAACGGAUCUAACGGGAGGAGCAAGAAGAAGGCAUGGAUUUUUGUCACAAUGCCAGCAGGUUCUGUAUUGUUGCUUCUAAUAUUUUUGAUAUUUGUGAUAAGGAGAUGGAAACGCAGAAAAGACGACGAACAAUCAGUUUCCUCUGUAAAUUGGGGUCAUGAAAUUAUGCAUGAAGCCAAUAAAGAAGGGAAUUCAGAAAUAUCAUUCUUCAAAUUUGCUCAAGUAGUGAGUGCUACAAACAACUUUUCAGAUAUUAACAAGCUCGGAGAAGGUGGUUUUGGACCUGUUUAUAAGGGAAAAUUACCAGAGGGACAAGAUGUGGCUAUCAAACGGCUUUCUGCAAGAUCAGGGCAAGGAUUAGAGGAGUUCAAAAAUGAAAUUUUAUUAAUUGCUAAACUGCAACAUAGGAAUUUAGUAAGAUUAUUAGGUUGUUGUAUUCAUGGCGAAGAGAAGAUGUUGAUAUACGAGUUCAUGCCUAAUAAAAGCUUAGAUCUCUUGCUUUUCGAUGUUGAACAAAGAUUAAAACUGUACUGGACUAGGCGCUUUCAAAUAAUCGAAGGAAUUGCUCAAGGUCUUCUUUAUCUUCAUAAGCACUCCAGAUUAAGAAUCAUUCAUAGAGAUUUAAAGGCAAGCAACAUUCUCUUGGAUGGUGACAUGAACCCCAAGAUCUCAGAUUUUGGCAUGGCAAGAAUUUUCGAUUCUAAUGAUACCCAAGCAAAUACUCGAAGAAUUGUCGGCACCUUCGGUUAUAUGUCUCCAGAGUACGCUUUGAAUGGUCUCUUCUCUGUCAAAUCGGAUGUAUUUAGCUUCGGAGUCCUGCUUCUCGAGAUUGUGAGCGGAAGAAGAAAUCAUGGUUGUGGUAAUCUCCUUGCAUAUGCUUGGGGUUUAUGGAAAGAAGGAACCUGGGUGGAACUUGUAGAUCCUUCAUUAGAUAAUAAAUUUCAGGAUAAUGAGAUUGCGAGAUGCAUCUACGUUGCACUUUUAUGUGUUCAAGAGAGACCAGAAGAUCGCCCUUUCAUGUCUGAUAUUGUUACCAUGCUUGCCAAUGAAAGUUUAUACUUCAACAGUAUCAAACAACCUGCAUUUUUCACCAUUGACAAUGAUUUAGAUGCUAGAAAGCCAUUAAAUCAACAUGUAGGUACCUCUUUUAAUGACCUUUCAAUCUCAAUUGUUGCAGGUCGCUAACACUUCAUAGCCUUUUUUGUUUUGUAAAUUCUGUAGAUUAAGAUCAUAAAAACUUCUAAAA